UGGUAGAACGUGCCGAAGGAGAGAUGUGUAUGUUUCAGUGUUUGAGUUCGACACACCAACCAACAGCUGUAAAAUGGUGGCCUGUCAGAGUGUACGUAUUUAGGGCGGGGAGUUCUUUUUUUUUUGCGUAAAGUCGUGUGUGUGGAAUUUGACGAAUUAAUUGUCGAUAGUGUACGGAAUUGGUUCGCGAUCGUCCGAACUGUCGAGCGGGGAUCCAAACGGUCGAACGGUGGGAAUCACCCGAGUGCCCUAGCCUAAAAAAACAAUUCGGAUAAGCGAACAGAGAGAGCCUUGCGUUGCGUGACAUCGGCGAUGAAAGGUAAACAAUAGCCGUCGUCUUCGUCUGGCCGUCGCGGGCUCUCGGUGGUUUCCAGAUAUGCUGGACAUUCCGUCGGAGAUGCUCCAUCGUUCGAGUGAAGUUUAGUAAUAGUAGUAGUAGUGGUUCUUAAGUAAAUCGUCUAUAUAUAUUAAUGGUACAGAGCGAUUCGCUCCACUGGACUAUCAAUUUGCGAUGUCGCAGCCGAGGGUUCUUAGCAUUAUAGAGGGGUAAAUCGAUGCACGGGGUUAGAUUCUCGCACCGAACCUGAAGGCGCAGGUUCCAAUAGGCUGUCCCGAGCACGUUGAGGAUAAAGCAACAGAAAGUCACUGGCUCGGACGCAAAAGUGUAUUUAGGGCUUAUCAGCCGGACGUGCGCCAUGUGCAGAACCAGAUAAACACCGAACGAAGAACAACAAUAAUAACAACCACCAGAUAUAUACAAAGCAGGGACGUGCGGAAGUAAUAAGCUGAGGGGGCCGCAGAAAUGCGCUCCCAGAAGACGGCAGAAAAGAAGCCGGUAAAAGGUGUGAAAAUGAAAGCGUCCCAAUUAGCGGUGAAGAAGAAAAAAAUUAAUCUUACUAAGGAAAUGGAGGCCUCGAUUUCUGAAACGAUCUCCUCGGUCAUAAAAGCCAAGCCAGGAUCUUCAAAAUCAGAAUCACCGACCACCAAGAAAGUGGCCGCCAAUGCCAAAAAGAAAAAAGCUUCUCCAGGAAGACCCAGGUUACGAAACUUGCCUGUCAGAAAAUUGGAGGUAGUCAAGAAGGUGCUACCACGGAAAAAGCUCGUGGUCAAGAAGGAUCUUCCAAAGGUUACGGUUACCAAGAGGGCUACAAGAGUUGUCAAGAAGGUUCCGCCGCCGAAAGUUACAAAAGUUAAACCAGUCAAGUCCAAGGAUAAGAAAGCUGUACCUGAGAAGAAAGUCAAGAAAAUUGAGGAGAGCAAGCGGCUGAAGCUGAGACCAAGCAAAGUGGAACCGAUGAAAACUCGAGCUGUCAGCAACGUGAAGCCAAAGACCAUAAUCAAGCACAAGAUCUUGAAGCGGCAACCACUCAAGAAACCUGUAAAAAUCGUGAAGCCUAUCAAGAAGGAGAAGGAAUCGUCACCGAGCGUUGAAGAGGAGCAACCCCCCAAGGAAGAGCCAAAGAAAACGCAGGUGGUAGUGAAAAAGGCGAAAGCCAAAUACAAUACUAAAAGCAAAGUCAACGAACAACGCAAAAUGAAGCUGUACAAUUUUUGGAAUGGUCCGAAACGGCACAGAGUGGCCUCACUGAACGCUUUAGCGAAGGUGCACUGUUUGUACGAAAACGAAUCUCGUUCGCAUCUCUUGGAUCAGAUGGACAUAAAACCGGAGACUGUUGUAAAACGAAGCUCCCCAUCGCCAUCUCCGCCUCUUAUUAAAACGGAAAACGAAGCUUCAACGAGGACGUUGCGAUGCGUUCCAGGUUUACGAGCGGUCGGUAAAAUGUGGGACAUGCACGACACCACCUCAUCCAGUGAGGAUUUUAGCGAAGCAGAAUACGAACCUGAGAAGGAAAGGAUCAAAGAAAGAGAAAAGAACAAAGAAAAGGAGAAAAACAGAGAAAAAGCGAGGGAGAAGGCUAAAGAGAAAGAAAAGGAGAAGGAAGAGCUUGCAGAAAAGGAUGAGGAUGCGGAUGAGAUCGAGGAAGUGAAACGCGAGGAAAAGAAACCAGUGAAGAAGCGUAAACGCACCGAGCUGAUAAUGGACUUGAAGGAUAUGGUUGUGAGGAAGAGGAUGGCCAGUUUGAAUGCGUCGGCCAUCCUUGCGGCGAGUUAUUCGGUGGAGAAACGCGGUUUCGGCGGUUACUCCGACUCUGAAACUGAUUCGGAGACGUCGGAGGAGUACAACAGCGACGAAGGUGUUCGCACCAGAAAGAGGACGACGUACGAGAGCGACGUUAAGAAGGAGGAGAUCAUCGAGGUUCGAGCAACGCCGAACAAGAAGGUUUCCGUCAUUCUCAACCAGGACACCGACGUGACCAUCACCGGGGUCUACGUGAACAGCACCACCAGAUCUACCCAUCACGAGGGAUACUGCAGCAUCGCCGGAAUGCAGUACCGCAUCUCAGCGACGAGCCACACGCAGACGGCCGCCACUGCGGUUGCAACCGAGACCAUCCUGCAAUCUUCCAGUAGCACGACCACCCAGGAAAACACAAACAUUGAAACACCCCCUUCGAAAUCCUACACCCCUUUGGACGCGCUCUCCAACAUGCAGCCACCGGCUGGAACGUCUUCAUCCGGCGUUCCUCUAGGUCACCAUCAUCUUCCGCCGCACAGCCAAAUGUCACCGUUGGGGAGACGAGGCCAUGGGUGUCCAUCCAGCGCGUUCAGCGCUCCACCGUGCGGAUCCCAUCUUCCACCUACAGACCACGGAUACAUGCAAGGUAAUAAUUUCUUCCAUUCAACACGUCUGUGCAACAUACAUAAUGGCAGUAAAUACAAAAACACGGUUCGAUUCAUCCACAUUCUAACGACCCGAGCAAGGUAUUAUCAACCGGCUGGUCCGUUGAUAAGUGUACCACAUGGACAUUCGCAGCCUCCGAUCGGUGGUAAAUCAGUACCAUUAUCGGAAUCGUCCCCGUCCGCGGAGACACCCCCGAUCCACCAGCCGCCGCCCCCAAGUUCUGCAGGAGAUUCAUCCGACAGCGAGGUGAUAAUAACAUCGGUGACGACGGCAAAGGAAGCAUCUUCGCAUCAGCAGCAGCAACAACAGCAGCAUCAGCAGGCUGUACCACCGCCGCCUCCCCCACAGCAGUACAGGCUCAGUCACUAUCCUCAAUCACCGGCGUACCCGUACGGCUUCUCUCCCCAGUAUUAUUCUGCGCCUCCCCCGGCUCCAGCCUACGCCCACGACAUCUGCUAUCCUCCGUACAAGCUGUACGGAAGGUACCAUCGGUUUCCUCCUCAAUACUAUUCGCCGGCAUCGCCGGAGAUGUACAAUCCGGCGCCACAGAGUUCCACAAAUCAGCAGGUGGUGUCAGCGACGCCCGCGUCCAACAGCAGCAGUUAUCCGGCUCCGGCGCCCGGUGGUCCAUCGACGCUGAUCGAGACAUAUCCAACGCAUCAUGCGCCCAUAAUCGAGGCUUCUUACCAACCGCCUCCACCAUCGCACUUUUACUCUGGAUAUGCACCAUCGGCAUGCUACACUCAUCCAACCCCAACUAGACCAUUAAAUUAUACAACAUAUCAAAGUUGUCCGUGUCCAAUGCAGUCCUGUUCAAAAAACGGACUUACUGGGCCUCUUGCUGGAAUUAGUAAGAGGUCUAACAUCUCAAUUGCCAAAGAAUCCGUGCCGCUGCCUCCCGUAGCCCUCGCCCUCCCCCAAGAGCCGGCCAGCGCGACGGGACCGCCCAGCCCCGCACGAGGAAGCGCCGGAAUGCCGCCCCCGCCGUCACCGGCGGGUGCCACAUAUCAGCCGCCGCCCCCGAAACAGGAGACACCCGGAUCGCCAGACCUUCAACUUUCCACGGAGAAGAGAAGAAAGGCGCGCGUCGGGAAGGCAAUGGUUCGUAACACCAUUGCCAAUAACAACAACACCAUGCUCCUAAUGUGUCAACAACCCACGUUCCUCGAGAACGUGAAGCGCGAGGUCGAAAGUCCUAAAGAGACGACGAUAUCGACAACCAUCACAGCAACCACCACAGACCUCAAGAAGAUCGGAGAAAUAGCCGUCGAGAAACCGGAUGUAGUGGUGCGAAAAGAGGAACCUGUAAAAGUAGAAAUUCCACCUGAACCGUGUCAGAAGACCGUCGCAGAAACCGUUAAAGUAAAAAACAUGAAGCGAAAACUCUCUCUGAAAGAAUCGCCCAAAUCCGAAACUGCCGAUUCCCCGCCCAAGCAGACCAAAACCAUCCAAGAGCAGAAAGCCAACGGCAGCUACAAGGAUCUGAUCAAGAAAACUCCGUGCAGCAUAGUCAAAAUCAACAACGGCAAACGGAAACUCAUUACCGACGGAGGUCGCAAACUCUUCCAUAGGAUGCGCCUGAAAAAAGCCAACAAACGGAAACUUCUGAACGGGAAACGCUUCAGACAACACACGAAAACCUCCACACCUCUCUCUGCCAGUUCGCACAAUGCCAAGCAGAACUUGAAGCUGAAGCGUCUCAACAAGCGCGUCCAGGAGGCGAAGAGCAACGUGGAUAAGACCAUCGACAGUGUGAUCAAUGAAGUUUGCUCUACAUCUUCCGCAACGGACAACAACAAUGUUCGCAGCAACGUUGACAGGACGAUCGACAGUGUAGUCAGUGAAAUAAGUAGGACGGGUAAAGUUGCCGCGGACACAGCUCCAGCCUUAAGGAUAGACAAGUGCAAGAAGGAAGCGGAAGCGUCGUUACUACCAUCGACUGCGACCAAGAAGAGUGUUAAGACUACUGCGAAAGGACACAGAGCGGAGGCGGUGAAAUCCGCCGGUAAAAGAACGACGGCGGCGGCGGCUGCAAAGUCUAAAGAAGUCUUUCCGCAACCUCUGAAGGCGGUGCCCAGAAGGUCGGCCCAGCUGCGCUGGUCAAAUGGCUGGAGAUGGGAGGGCGAGCCGUUCGAAUCCAAAGUUUUCCUCAACAGCGAUGCGGCCGUUGUUAGCCGGAACUGUUAUCCGGCCAUGCGACACGAGGAGGGAGAUAUAAUCAGGCAAAGGGACUGCGUCCUCCUGAAGGCCGGACCACGCAAGAACGAUCUCCCCUACGUCGCAAAAAUCGCAUCCCUCUGGGAAAACCCCGACGACGGAGAGAUGAUGAUGUCUCUGCUGUGGUAUUACCGUCCGGAGCACACUGAGCACGGUCGUCAGCCGACCGAUCAGAGCGACGAGGUCUUCGCAUCAAGACACAAAGACUCCAACAGCGUCGCCUGCAUCGAGGAUAAAUGCUAUGUGUUAACAUUCAACGAGUAUUGCAGAUACCGCAAGAAAUUGAGGCGAGUACAGGAAGGAGUAGAGGAUGCUGGUCCUUGCAUACCGAAGCCCGAGUUGUAUCCACGCGACGACCGCCAACCACCCAUCAGCCUUCAGAUGUCCCCGGACUUGGUCUUCUUCUGCAGAAGGGUUUACGAUUUCCGGCAGAAGCGGAUAGUCAAAAAUCCCAGUUAAUUAUAUUUUUUCUUGUUUUGUACGCGCUUUUAAAUUUUGACGCAAAAGUGAACCCGGAAGUGAAGAAGAAAACUGAACAGAACGACGUGCGUAUGAAUAUAAAAAAAAACUUGAAGAUAAGAAGAAAAAAGAGAGAGUAAGAGAAGUAGCAAAUCGUUGACCAAAAACCUCAAUAUUUUAUAUAUAUACAUUACAUACAUAAUGAUGAGAAAAAAAAAUCAGUAAGAUAACUGAUAAUAAUUAAGUAUUUUUUAAACGAUUCUAAUCUAAACUACAUUUACGGAAGUGUACAUUUUCAUAUUUAUUUAUUAUUUGCAUUUAAAACGGACGAACCAGUGAAAUUUCCUGUUCGAAUUUCUCCGAAAUCGAUACACGCAGAAACGGGACGAAGUUUGUUUAAACUUAGUGCCGUUUAGUCUAUGUUUUUUUUUGUAGAUUGUAAAUUUCAAGUAUAUUCCAAGUCUCUUCCCCCCGGACAGAGGAAUACCAAAAAGAAAUUUGUAAAGAAAUUAUAAACGUGAAAGAAAGAAAACAAAAUAUUUUUUGUAAGAAAUAAUUCGAGUAUUUUCUGAAUCAAAAGCGAGAGAGAUCACCAAUAACAUUAUAACAUACACACACAAAUGUAUACAUAUUGUUGCAUAAUAUUAUUACGAAGAAGAAUAAUAAUAAGAAGAAAAAACG